UUUAUUGGCCUGUUUAACAAGUCUGCUGAGGUACCGAGGGUUUGGGGUGUUCAUGUUUUGUUUGCUUUAUUUUUAUUUAUUUAAAGCUCUUAAUACUACUUUAGCGUUUGAGGGGUAUUUACGAUUCAUUUUUCUGUAAUGUCAGGAGUUUUGGAUACUUAAUAGCUUGAUUCAGAGAGGGUUAGAUACUAUAUAGAUUUAGCUAGCGUUAUAUCUAUACCAGGCUAAAGGAAGUCAACUUCAGCUAGCUUCUGAGUCGAUAUAAGUUAAUCGCAUUAACGUUAAAAUGGGAAAGGGAAUGACCAAUAAUAGCAGUCAUCCUGAUGCUGUUAAUAGCACCAAUACUGAGGAUAGCGGCGAAACAGAAGGUGGUGUAAAAUAUUUCACAUUAGAAGAAGUAAGAGUACAUAACAUGAGCGAUGAAACAUGGCUCAUCAUCCACGAUAAAGUAUACGACAUCACAAGUUUCCUUGAAGAGCAUCCGGGAGGUGAGGAGGUUUUAAUGGAGGCAGCAGGUGGAGAUGCCACAGAAAGCUUUGAGGAUGUAGGUCAUUCUAUAGAUGCCAGGGAGAUGCUCCAGCAAUACUACAUUGGGGAGCUUUGCAAGGAUGACAGAAAAAAUGAGGACCUGAAAGGGGAACAUGUCACAAAUUCAGGAAAGUCCAGCAACACCUGGACCACAUGGUUGAUUCCUGUUAUUGUUGCAGUUGUCGUUGGCGUCCUGUAUCGCUACUACACGUGUGAACACAAAUCCUCUUGAGUGCUGCCAUUCUUUUGUCAUCUUAUUCUUUUCAUUUGAAGGCCUUGAAAUGUUUGACCAAAACCACAUCCCACUGAAUACACACAAUCCUCCACAACAAGGGAAACAGUUUGAUAAAGUACCGUCAUCUUUAAUGUUAAGUGUUGUCUUAAACUUUCAUAUGCAUUCGACUCUCCUUACUGUACAUUCACAUGCUCAGUGCAAGAUUUCAAAAUUUCAACAGACUGGUUUACAGAAGCUAAGUAUUAGUUAUUUGAUUGCUGAUUUUACAUUUUAUUGUUCCUCGCUAUGCUUUUUGUUAUUUACCUUGUACUAUUUCACAACCUUGCGCCAUUGCAAUGCAUCUUAAUUGAAUAUUUUAGGUGAAUGGUAGUGGUAAGUGUAACUGGAGCUUUUCAGUUGUAUUGAAUUAAGUGAGAAUUGUUUCUUUGGCUGCUGUUGGUAAAUUGGAAUAUUUAUGAUUAGAGCAAUAUAUGGGUGUCUUUCAGGCCAUAAGUUUGAAACAAGGCAUAUUUAGUACAUUUUGAAAUGCUUUUGUGUUGCUAUGCUUGGUAUAGCAGUUUUACAAUCACUCUGGUUAAAGAAAUAAGCAUUUUAUUUCACAUUACUAUUGGACAAGCAUUUUUCAGUUUCAGUGACCAUAAAAAUUUGAAAUACACUUAUGACCUGUCAAUUCACAAGUGAUUAGAGUUUCUAAAUAUGGUUUGCUGCUAUUUUUGCAUGUGAGUACAAUAUUACUUGCAGAUCUUAAAAUUCAGUUGGUUGACUUAAAGGUAAUACAUUUGCUGUCUGCAUUUCAGCUGCUGUUUCCUGUCAUUAAGUCUCUUUGAAUAAAAUUAAUCUAUCAAA